CGCCACGGCCCCAAAAAUCAUUAUCACGUGAUCCAUGUUUAUAAAGCUACUCACACACAGCACAGGAAGAAACUCAUUGCAAUCAUGAAGAAAUUUGUUGUAUUAGGUGCAACGGGAGGCACGGGGUUGUCCCUGAUAAGGCAAGCAUUAGAUGGGGGACAUGAAGUAACAGCUAUUGUCAGAAAUACAGCGAAACUCGAAGAUAUUCAGCACGAGAACUUCAAGGCUGUUAAAGGGGAUGUCUUCUCUGCAGAGAGUCUCCAACCCAACUUUGAGGGAUGCGAUGCGGUGUUCUCCUGCUUAGGAUCACCCUCUCUCAUCUACAGUACCACCGUCUAUUCUGCUCCUAUGAGGGCCAUCGUCACGGCAAUGAGAGGCGCGCAGGUCAAACGACUCCUUUUGAUGUCAUCUUGGUAUGUCAAAAUUGAUCCUAAUGAUGACCCAGGUUUUGUAGCUCGAUGGGUCAUCCGACCAGUUCUGAGUAAACCGCUAGCUGAUGUAGUUAUCAUGGAAAAGUUUCUGGACGACGAGUGUCAGGACAUCAACUACACAAUAGUCAGACCACCACAACUCAUCGAUGGGCCUUGUUCGGGGAAGGGGAUUAAAGUUGAUAUUGGUCGCCAGUUCUGUGAUGCUCCGGCGAAGAUGCCCAGAUCAGAUGUAGCAAAGUUCAUGCUAGAGAACGUAAAUACCGAAGAUCACUUCAAGAAAGGUGUCGCCAUCGGACUCCAGAGUUAACUUUUUCAUUGUGAAAUACAGUAGCCGUAUUCUUAACUGGGGUUUAGAUUAAACCCUGGUUUAAAGUUGUGGUUUAACUAUGGAGAGCUAAUUGGGGCACAAAUCCCUAACAGCACACAUCCAAUUUAUCAACUCAUGUGACACCCAAAUUGUCUUUCUGGGAAUGAUAACUGGACUAUUUUGAAUAAUUUUUCUUCAUUAUGAAAGCAAAAGGAAACAAAAUAGUAAACACAAGAAAUACUGGUUUACAAUAUUAACAGGAUUUUUAAAUUUUGGGCUCCCAAAAUAUAUGCAGAGUUAAACCUGACUUCAGAAUGCGGGCUAGUAUAUUAAAUGCCGAUUUUUUUUUAAGUACAGCUAAACGGGGCUUUAUCACUAUGGUCUUACUACUACUACUUGAAGUAGGUUCAUGGUAUCACAAAGCUCUUCAUAUGUUACGCACAACUUUAUCCACUGUUGUGACCCUUCUUGUGCUAAAGGGUAUAUCCCUACAUUUAAGUAGCUGAUUUAAUAGAACAUGAGAACAUGUUCCAGUUGUGCAUGUAUAGUCAUGCAUAACUUUACAAGCUGGUUGGUGAAGCAUCACUCUGGUUGUUGGGUGUUCUUUGAAGUGGUGACGGGCCCAUUUCAUGAAAUUUGUUAUUAUAAUGAAUUUGCAAUAACACCUGAAAUCCUUCAAUCUAAUUGGCUGAUAGUACAUUUGUAAUAGUAAGUGCACAUUUGUCAGUUUAAAAGUCUUUGUGAAACGAGACCUAGGGCCCUGUUGCAUAAAACUAUUGGCCUGGUUCCUAACUUUUAGAAUCCUGCCAAUAAUACAUUGACUUCAAUGGGCUAAUUAUGUAUUCAUGAGGUCAUAUCUCUGGCCCCCAUGGACCAAUUC